AUUCCUUAUUCUCUAUCAAGGCUACUUUUCCCCAUUUUUUUCAAACUUCCACGCAUUCUCUAGAAGAUAACUUUCAUUUGGGUAAUGGAAUCUGAUCUUAGAAGGUUACCCAUAUGCGGGAAGGUUGAAAUUAACGAAGCUUUUCACACUCAAACAGUGGGUUUAAUGCCGAUUUGCGUCUUCUUUACAUUUGAGGAUACAUCCGAUAUACGCGUAUUAGAUGAUAAGUUCAGUUGGGGACGCAGAAUGGGCUAAGGUACCGAUAUAACCGCAUCCCUUUUACUUUUCUUGAUAUAUACGAAUUGCUGGCUGUUCAUCUGGAGGCGUCUUCUUUAGAUUCAUACUAAAAGGGGUUUCCUAAACAUGGCUACUACCCGUAACAAUGCUGGUAACGACGGCGAUGAUUUUAGAUACCUUGUUGUGCGGCCGGAGAAGGGUGGAAUCAGAGACGUUUUCCGGUGUUGGGCUUGGCCGGAUGGCGAUGGUGGACGGAGAUUCUUCGAGGGCUCCGAGGUGGGUGUUUUUGGUGCGAUGGUUUUGGGACGCAGGUGGGUCAUAGUGGUGUCGAUUUUGAUUCGAAAAGUGAUAGCCGCUCUGGCGAAACCAAUGGAAUGGACUGGCAAUGUGGUGGAAUUCAGUCUCAAUCUUCUGUCUAUGAAUGGCAAUAUCUCGGGAUUGUUCUGCAACAUCGUGCGCGGUGAAGUGGUAGUGCCACAGAGGGGCACAGACACAUUUAUCAGCACCAUUGGGCUGUUAGAUGGGCGAAUGAAUCUAUUAAAUGAAGAACAAAUUCUUGAAGGAGCUACUGAUUCUGUUUAUGAAGAAAGAGGCUUCAGACUUGAAAUGGGCAAUCGGACUCUAAUGGACCUUUGCAUCAUGGCUUCAAAACUAUCCUACGAGAAUGAAAAGGUCAUUCAGAAUGUUGUUCUUCGCCGCUGGAAGAUGCAUUUCGUGGGAUUCUACAAUUGCUGGAAUGAUUUCCUAAAGGACAGCUCUACGCAGGUGUUCAUACUGUGUGAUAAGCCUAAAGACGCCAAUCUGAUAUUGAUCAGCUUCAGGGGCACAGAACCUUUUGAUGCAGAUGACUGGUGCACUGAUUUUGACUACUCUUGGUAUGAGAUCCCGGAAGUUGGGAAGAUUCACAUAGGCUUCUUAGAAGCUCUUGGUUUGGGCAACAGAAAUGAUGCCAACAGCUUCAAAGGUCACCAUAAGUUAAGCUCCAUUUCUUCAGACCUUUCCAACAUUGAACAGGAUAGAUUACAUCCAUCUUUGGACUCUGAACAGUUCGACGCGGUUACGCCCGAAAUGGUGCAGUUGUCUGCAUACUAUGCAGUGAAACUUAAGCUCAGGAGAUUGCUUAUGGAGCAUAAAAAUGCGAAGUUUGUGGUCACUGGUCAUAGUUUAGGCGGGGCGCUUGCAGUUCUGUUCCCUACAGUUCUGGUGCUGCAUAAGGAAAUGGAAAUAAUGGACAGGCUAUUAGGUGUAUAUACAUUUGGGCAGCCUAGGAUCGGCGACAAGCAACUGGCGCAGUUCAUGGAGGCUCAUUUGAUGAAGCCUAUUCCAAGGUACUUCAGGGUUGUCUACUGCAAUGACCUUGUACCUAGGCUGCCUUACGACGAUAAAGCUUUUUUCUAUAAGCAUUUUGGGGUUUGUCUAUACUACGACAGCCUAUUCACUGAGAAUGAAGUAGAUGAGGAAUCGAACAAGAACUUCUUUGGGAUUAGAUACCUGAUACCGGAAUAUCUCAAUGCUUUAUGGGAGCUGAUCAGAAGCUUGCUGAUGGGCUACACAUAUGGAGCUGAGUACAGGGAGGGAUGGUUUUGCUUAUUGCUAAGGGUAAUAGGACUGGCACUUCCUGGCAUUUCUGCUCAUUGCCUCACAAAUUAUAUCGACUCUGUGAGGCUUGGUAAGAAGAAGAACUCUCUUUGAUGAUUCCAAUUAUUGCUCACUUGGCAAGACAACAACAGCAAAUCCACUUGGAGAAAUUUUAAGGUUAGCAGUUUUCUGACCCAGAUACGUUUUAUGAGUAGGAUAAUUGUUUGUCGACAUAUACUGGGGAACAAUAUUUACUACAGGCUUUUCUCAUCAGAAGAGGAAUAAAAAACUUAACUUUCUUUAUGAUUAA